ACGGCUUUUAGGACCAAGGCAAAGCAAUUUCACCCAGAUCAGAACCAAGAUAAUAAAGAGGCCGCUGAAGCAAAGUUUAAAGAGGUAAUGACGUCCUACGAGGCCAUAAAGAAAGAGAGGGGACACACGAAUCUGUGAACCGGCUGAUACAGCCUGAGAUUUUUGAGACGUUUAAGGGCGCAGGGUUGUGCAGUAUUCAACAGGGCACUUCCACCUUUUCUUUGCAUUAUUAGUAACAGCAAGAACAUAAUUCUGAGUAGAUUAAUCUUAGCCUCGUGAUAAAGAAUUUGAAAGUUCGUUCUUGAUGUUGUAUAUCAUAUGGGAAUAAUUGGUGAUAUUUUUUUAUACCCACAUAAAGUAAAGGCGGGCUAUGUAUUUGGAUUUUGGAGAACAUGCGACUAUGCAUGCA